AUGGAUUUCCCAGCUGGAGCGCUUACAAAUUUCCGUUCUAUCGAUGGCUUCUGCAACAUUUUCUGGAGAAUCUACUCCAGGGUGGCCGCUGGACCACCCACAUCACAGCUCAACCUCAGGGAAAACCCGGUUCUUAGAAGUUCAAAUGAGCUUAGGAAUUCCAUAAUUCUGUUGCGAAAUAUGCGCUGUCUUGUUUCUCCGUUAGCUAACGGCUCUGACUUGUGGAUAUUCUCUACCAACCCCAAUUUUGACGCGUUGGGGCCUCUGUACAGUAACAAAGGGGCUGGGAACGAUACUAUUGUAGCAGGAAGCGUAACAUUCCAAAAUUCUGUUUCUGGUUCGAACACUGCUGCAGAGAUAAAACAUCGACUGCUCUCUGAUCCUGAGUCCAGUAUUUUUAACGAGGCACUUCAGGACAAAUCAAUGCAUAUUUCCGGUGAAUUUUUAAAGUUCCAAGCCUAUGCAACCUAUUCCGCUUUUUUCGAGGCAUUUAUUUCUGCCACAUCCAGGGCACUCAGCCUCCAUUUUACGCAGCAACAAAAGGUGAUUCCACUUGGAACUCGAACUCUCUAUAGUUCCCUUGACGAGAACGGAUAUCCGAGUAGUUGCACCCAUGCCCCCUGUACUCGGAGCUUCACAUCCUUCCUUUCUACCCUUGAUAUCAACAUGACAGCCAAGGGUAGACUGAUUGUCUCUUUGAGUACUCUUCCUCAGCCUGGGAUUGAGCAGUUGCAUCUUGAUUCUGAAUCUGAUAUAACUGCCUAUCUCAAUAAUGAUUUGUGGUUAGCCCCUUCCGGAAUAUUGUGCAGGCUCAUCUCCAUUGACGGAUAUCAGUCAAACCACUCAAAUAUUGUUUCUCCAGAGAAUAUCGGAACGUUGCCUAACGACAUUGAACGUUCAAUUGGGAAACUAGAUGCCAUGAAACAAGAAUGGAAAAGAACUGUGAUAGAAUGGCUCAGAAAACUUGGCUUGAACCUCAAAGAUCCACAAACAGUGCUCUGGGUUGAAGUUGAAGUGAAUGUCUCAGAUCGUCCCCUAUAUGACACAUUUUCCAGGUUUACUGGGAAUCGAAGGAAAGUAUCUCCUUUUAUCCAAAUAUUAUGGCCUUCAAAUCUAUGUUUUACUAGAUCGCGAUCCAACAAAACGGCCCCUAUUAAUCCCACUGAAUUCUUCUCGAGUCAAGCCGAGAGCCCGUUGCAAUUUGCGGAAAGAUGGUUAAACGAAUCCUUUCCAGAAGUUCAGCUGCUGGAUGAACAAAAAACCGACAAUCCAAGUGAAGUUGACGAGAAACACUUUAAUUAUCCGGAACUAUCUCCUUUGGACGUCGACAGCUCUGGCAUCCCGGAAAGCUUAGCGAGAACAGUUAACAUACCCGACGCCCAGCUUGCGAGUGCUGUAUAUCCCACACCCCCAGGUGGAGCGCUCACUCACAAUUUAGAGGCGGGGGUGGUUGUAGAAGGACUUGGAGCAUCUACCAUCGAAGCUCUGAAUUACCCACCCUCCCAAGGUGAAUCAAUUUAUAACGAACAUGGCGGGUCCACCACAUAUCUUCACCGAAAUCCAGAUUUCUUUCCUGCUGGGUUAGACGCGGCAUCUUCUGAGCUUGGCGUUGGGUCAGGCCUUUACGACACUGCAGCUGACGAAGAAUUUUUUGGUGAUAUCGAUGGUACUAAUUUUGAUACGAAAGGCAUCACGGAAGCUGAUUUUAGCUUUUUCGACGAACCCGAUUUUGCUGGUUUGACCGGCAACCUUGAAAUGCAAACCGAAACGCCAGAAAUACUACAGGCUAACGAAUGUACCUCCGAUAUACCCCAUACCUAUAUGACGAAAGCGGGAGCUGGGCCCUCACACUCCGUUCAAAAUCGUCUCUCUGCUGUUGAUGAUAGCGAUUCUCGUACCCGAAACCCUUCAAUCAGCUCCCCGAAUACAACAACAGGCGAGGGCCAGAGAUCGCAGGCAACUGAGCUUGGUCAGGUUGCUCCAACGGAUGGCUCAAGCAGGCGACUGAUAAGCCCGCCUCUCAGUCCAAUUCAGAUAAAGGAAAUCUUAUCCUCAAAUGGAUUUUCGCAUUCUGAAUUUGGAUUGAUAAACUCAAAAACUCACAAGUCCUACCCAGAACAAAAUCAAUAUAGGCCAGUUAUAUUUCAACCGAAGUUGGGGUCUUCGGACAAAAAGUAUAAACUGGAUGGGAGGUUCUGGUUUGGUCCUGGUGGAGGACAUACAACUUUUAAAAUGGGUGGUUAUCCAUCCGAUAUUCCCACGAUUGGGUUUCCAGACAAAGAACGGGAAAAAAAUCCUAAGCUCUCUACUACCCUAACAUCUCCCAGUCCUCUAGUCUCUGAUAAUGCUCUAGAAACAAAAGUACAGUCCCCAUCGGCCUCCUCUUCCUGCUCAAGCGACAACGGCAGCAUCACUGACCACGGAUCGAAAGCAAGCUUGCGGCCGAAUAAUCCAGUAAGCUUGAAGAGGAAGCGGGAUUAUGAGGGUGAGGGAAUUACCUCGCUGUCACCGUUAGAACGACGUACAUUGGCUCCUGGUACUGCAAAAGUGCAGCUAAAUGAUCAACAACUUGCCUUAUUAGGGGUUUUGCUUUCCGAGGCUGUUGAUUGGCCAUUAACAGGGUACUUUUCAAGGAAGGAAAAUGUCGUGUUUCCAGCGUUCUCCCGAAGAGAAGAUCUACCCCAAGCAGCGCAGCUGGUUGUCGAUCAAGUUACUCAGUCUAGCUUGUGCCAUAUUCGUGAUGAUUUAUACAAGCUGGAAGGCACAGACUGCGAUUGCGUACUGUCCGAUAGUUUAUUUGAUAACAGCGAUGCCAUAGGCCACCUGUCUAAGCUGGAUUUGAGAACCUUCGCAACGAUAGAGGAUGGCCCUAACACGCGGAAAGAUUCACCUUCUAUGAAAUCAAAUACUAGCGGGUCUAUAUGCAAAAUAUGUCCACCUCAUGUGAAAAUCCAUCGUGGAAACGGUUUCUUGGAAGUUCUACCGGCUGCUAUUGGAUUUUGGGAGACAUUUGGACUGGAACCGCUCCAGGGGAAAAAGAAUAUCCUUCCCUUUUGUAUUUACCCGCCUAAUAUCACAGAAGCAGCGGAUACAUUCAUGGAGCGAUUGGGCUUGGUAUAUUCGAGUGGAAACUUUGGGACUCAUUCCCGACCUAGCCAAUCCAACGGGUUGAUCCCAUGGACACUCAAUGCUGCAAGCGACCAGGAUUACGCUUCGCUGAUGCAUGCACUGAAUAUUUCAUGCGAAAAUUUAGGAAGUGCGUUGUCGAAUCUGUCGGCAAGUGAUGAAAACGUGGUGAUUUACAUCAUAAACCCUUUCGUAUACGAAGCAGCUAUCGUGGAUAUCUGCUCAGCCUUCAUACGCCUGUUCCACAAAUACGUUGGUGACGUUGAUAGGCAACACACUCGACAUCUCAAUGAGCUUGUACUUCAAAUAAUUCCUUUGGAAUUUAUCGCAUCCCCCGACACUCUAAUUGUGCCACCACAGAUUGACUAUCUCCGUUUAGCGCUUGAAGUUUACUCCCGUUGCCCACCAAAGGAUAGAUCUUCGGACUGGAUGGGGUGUGCUCCCCCUCUGGUGCUUGCAGAUCCAAUUCCGAAAGUGGUGCCAUUUAGAUUAUCUUCAGAACCAGUAGCACUGUUGGAAGAAGGAAAAUGCCUCCAUGUGGCUUAUUCACAAAGCGUUGACCAACGUUGGGUCACAGCCGCAUGGACAGACAGCAGCGGACGAUACCAAACUACUCUUUCAUAUUGUCUCCGGGAGCGGGAUUCACCUGUAUCCAGAUCCAUUUCAGAGAUCAGAACGCAAAUUUGGGAAACAUCAAAGGAUAUUAUGGAUAUGUCAUCGUCAUAUUGGCGGUUGAUGGUCGUAAAAGAUGAACCAAUUGGCGCAGAUGAGGUCGAUAUGUGGAAAUCUCUGCUGGAUCAGUAUAACCGUGAUAAAUCCGUUAAAGUCGAACUAGGUAUCCUUUGUGUCAAUAUAAAACCUGGCUUGUCACUCAAACUGCCGACUCCUCCACUCCAGCUUAGCGCGUUAAGCCAACAGCCAACACAAAUAGUUCCGGCAACGACCACUCCGGGAUCUACCCCUCGACCUGAUCCAUCGCCUGAUCCAUCAGGCGCUGCGGGUACUCCUCCAGCGACUCACACCACUGUAAAUACCCCCAUGUUCACCGACUAUACCCACAGCCAUCAGCAGCAACAACAGCCAACACAGCAAAUGUCCCAAGCAUCUCUUGACUCCGACCAAGAUACAAUUCUCAUUGACAAGUCAGACGAAACAUGGGGUGUUACUCUCUCUCACAGACUCAAUAACUCAUAUUCCCUCACGAAAUACCAGCCCGCUCUUGCGAGUGGAUACCUCUUCCGGCGGUCAGGGACCAGUGAUACGGAUGGACUAGCGGUAAUGAGUGUGAAUCUCAUAUAUACAAAUUCACGACGACCAACAGAUCAUCUGCUAAGGGAUAUCCUUCGCAUGUAUAGAGAACUCGCAACCCUAGCGCGGACACGGGGUAUCAUUCACAUCUUGAGGACAAGUCAUCAACAUGACCAACAGUGA